AUGCCUGCUAUUCUGUCUAGAUUGAUUUCGGCUAGUGAAGAAAAAGAAGCGACGAAAAAAGAAGAUUCGGAAACUGAUGGAUCGUCCGAAGAGAUUCCACAUGUAACUCGCCGUGAAUCUCGUCGCCAGACUGUAAUCAUUCCAGUGAAUACUAACAAUGCAAGAAGAGAAUCAAGUCUUCCAAUCGACGACUCAAUUCUUGAAAUUCUCCAUGAAGAAUACAAGAGUGUAUCAGCUGUUCUCUGUAUCUCACACAUCUAUAUCUUCCUUGCUGGAACUAUCUUCUUUUUCCUUCUUUCUCUUUUUCAAAUCGGAAUUCAAUGCCUGUUCUUCUCCAGAUUUCUUCUCAAGAAUCCAUUCACUCGGAAGAUUCUUUUUCUUUUGUCGAUGACAUUCAUGACCGUCGGUAUCAUUUCCAUGGGCUUCCUCAAAACUACCUCCCAGGUGGAUUCGUCGAUCGGAUACCAAAUACUCGUCUACUUUUUCUACAUCUGUGCAUUCAUUGGAUUUGUUUUCACUAACAUGUACAACGUCAGUAUGGUUUUCGUGUUUGGUCGGGACGUGAAGUGGCUGUUGCACAAUGAGCAUGAAGACGAAAACGAGGAAGACAUCUCCAGAUAA